AUUUUUGUUUCUCUUUUGUUCCAUUGUGGAAAAUUUCAAUGUGUAUAUUUCAGUUCAUUGCAUCGUUUUCUAUCAAAAUGCGUUUUUUUACAUUUGUUUUUGUUUGACGUGGUAACAAAAUUAAAAAGAAAAAACGAUACAUAGGAAAUCUGCGAUCGAUUUCGUGGCCAAACAUUGUAGUAAAACUUAUUUGGGUGAAAACAAAGAGAAAGACAAAGGCGCCUAUUCAACUGAUGUUCAGUUCGUUUGUUGUUUAUAAGUUACUCACAAAAUAACAAUCGUAUACAUUUAUAGUACAGAUGCCGAAUAUCAAACAUCUAAAUUUAAUGUCAUUACAUUUCUGUAGAUAAACUAAAUCAAGUAGCAAAAAAAAAGUGAGUGAGCGACACGAAAAAAAGAACCAACAGUGAAUCGGUCCGAAAAAUAUUUGGAUUGGUGUUUUGUGCGAGUGUGGCACAAAGUAAGCGGUGAGAAAAAUGGAAAUCGACGACUAUUUAGAUUAUGGAACAACCAGUGGUGACGAUGCGAUUGGCGAUGAUAUUGCGGCCGAAGAAGAAAAAGUACUAUCCAAGAAAUAUUCGGAAUUUCAACAGGCUCGCUACAAGAAGCUCGGUUUUCAUCCGCAAAAAGAGAUUUUUUGCAAUAAAUAUCUACCGUAUGCUGAUCAACUCGACGAUGAAUCGCAAAAAAUGCUGACGGAAUUAAAGGAAGGCCUUGCAAAAGCAGUAGCACUCAGAGAAAUGACACCAGCUGUUGGCAUUGCAACAUCCAGAUUAUUGGUGUAUCUCAAACUAUACGGGCUGAAAUUUUCAAAAGAAGAUCAUGUAAAAUUCAUCAAACUUUUGCUAUCGCUCAUCGAAAUUCCUGGCUUGGAGCCAGCCAAAUUGAAUAAAUUCUGUAUUGUACUAUCGCAACUACUACGUAAGACGUCAUGGCUAUCACCCGAUGACUUGCAAAUCGAUUGGCGUCCAUUGUACAGUUUAAGCAACAUUUAUCUGAAUAAAAAUUCAACCAAAGGAGAAAUAUACAGAUAUUUUCCGUCACUCGAAUCAAACGUGCAAUUUAUUAUUCAGCAAUGUGCCACAUAUUUUCCGAAAGAUUCCACGCAAGACAUUUUGGACGAAAUUUUUCCCAAAUUAUUUCCACUUGAUACAGGCAAAAUAUGCGGUGCAUUUGAUUUGUUGUCAAUCUUUUUGAAUCCAUUGCAAGGACAUGAAUUAUGGUUAACCGAUUUCAUCAAUCUCUGGAACACAUACCAUAAUGCAUCAUGGAAUGUGGACAUAAUGAAUCUAUUGGCAAUCACGGCAAGUCAAAAUGUUGGACUGAUCGAUUGGGAACCUCACAUUCCAAUGAUUUUUACGCGUUUACUGCGAUCACUAGACCUACCCGUUUGUUAUAAAAGCAUGAAAAGUGCCCGUAAUCAAACACUUUGGUCAUCUUCAGUUGCAAUUUGGAUAGCAUCUGUUCUCUCUCCCAAAAGUUCUGCCCAACAAUAUCUGUCAAAAUUUUUAGGUGCUGUUGAAUCAUAUUUGCAUCCAGCAAAUAGUGGAAAAUGGGUUGGCGUUAUUAGUGAAAUUGUCGUUCAACUACCGAAAUAUCUUUUCGAUCGAUUGGUGUAUGAACGCUAUAAGCCGCAUCCGUGGAAAAAACCCGUUCCUCAGGAACAUCGUUUAACCGAAAACUGUUUGACACAGUUCGUGGAAUCGUAUAAGCCGAUCGCCCUGCAGGCAAUGUACUCACGAAUGCCUGCCAAUGACACUGGAAAGAUAUUCAAGCAUUUAGCUGAUUUACGACCAGAAUUAAUCAUUCCCGAUGUUGUUGAAAGAGUGUAUACAACGCUCGAUUCAGUAACCGAGCCACAUAAGAUGACAGCUGCAUUACAAUGUCUGGUCAGUGUGUCUCGUGCCCUUGUGUCGGGCCACAAUGGUUAUUCAUCAGGGAAAAAACACGUCAUUCCAAUUUUAUUUGCCUGUCUACCUGGAAUUGAUCCAAAUGACUUCAAAAAAACAUCGGUUACCUUACAAUUUCUAACAACGUUUGCUCUAAUGGUUCCGAUCGUCGAUUGUUCCAAAGCUCAUCUUUACUAUGACAAUUUGACCGAUGAAGAAAAUUUGAUUUGCGGCCAAACGGCCGAAUUUGAAGGUUUCGUUUUAGAAUAUAUGGAUAAGAUAUUCGCCCUCAUUGAGUCGAGCUGCUCAACCCGAAUGUCCGAACAGCCGACCGACAGUGAUGGUCUUCGUUCAAAAAUGGAAACAGUUGUCGAGAGUUUGGUGCAAUCAAGUACGCAUGGCAUUAUGGGUCAGUGUUCCAACGAAAUUAUUAUAUCAGCAACACGAAAAUUGGUCGAAUACAUAAAAACAAAUUUAUUUGAACCACGCGUUGCUGCUCAUCUAAUUGCCAGCUUGGUUAGAGUAUUUGCACGGGUGUCUGGCGGUGAAAUCAGCAAAUCUCUCGUACCAUUCGUGGUUAGUACGAUCAAUCAAUAUAUUGAAGAACAUGAAGAUAUUGCUACGCGAGACAAACAGAGCGAUGAAAUGCUUUAUUACAUCAUACUUAUGAUGGCCAUCGUACGUGGUGCACCCAAUGAAGUUGUCAAUUUUGUAGACGAUUUAAUUCCAAUUAUCGAUCAAAUAUCAAAGUUCAAGUGUAAACUCACCAAUAAAUAUUCGAAUGCAAUUUUGUUCACGAUUUUAAGCAAUGUUAGCACACUUCAAAUAUUAGAUGUUCGCAGUUCACCCGAAAGUCAUGAGAAACCAUUAAAAGAAUUCCUACCGGUUCGGCAUUGGGGCCAAAAAAUGAAAGCUGAAACAUCAAUCAAGUGGUACAUGCCGCAGGAGAAGGCACACGAAGUAUGCAAAAUGGUAAUUCAUCGCUAUUUACCGCCGAUUCUAAAGCAAUUUGAUGAUUUUGUGGAUGGUAAAUGUGAAUUGUCACGAGACGAUCUUCUUCGUGAUACAUCAACGGUGUUGGCGCUACUGAAAUGUGCCAACUUUUUACCCAAUUGGACCAACGAAAAGCCGAUUGAAAUUCUACAGACAACCAGUCCAAUUCGUGCCUUGGAUAUUACAUUAGGUUUUGAGAAAUACGCAAUAAAUAUGCCGAACGGCGAGAAUGUCCGACUGGCCAUUAUCAGAAGCAUAUCAAAAUUACAAAAGAAAAUCUUAAGCGAAUUCGAAGACGACACAAAAUCACUUAAAGCAAUCAUUUUGCUAUUGGAACGAGUAUUCAUACGUAAACAAUAUGUGACACCGUUUGAUUCUCAGCUCAAGAGCUAUAAUCAAUCAAAAAUGUUCCAGGAAUAUAAACUGACCAAGCGAAUACGUGAUAUUCGUGCCAUUUUGGCCACACGAAUUCUGAUGCAACAAGAUUGCCGUGAUGAAUUAUUAUUGCCCGAAUUUACGCCAUCGCAUUUGUCCGUAAUGAACAAUUUAUUGGAUUUAUCAACAUCACGAUACAGCGCUGUUCGAGUGAUGGCACAAUCUCGUCUCUUCAAAUUAAUUGGUACUUUUCCAUUUUCAUACCGAUGCCUGCUGGAUGAUAUUGUUCAUCAUUUGUCUGUGGACUCGAAUGAAAAUCAUGAGAGAUUCAAGGGAAUUUUAUUUGUUUUGUGUGGACAGCGUCGUGCACGUUUGAUCGUUAAAAAUGAUUGGAUAUGUGUGCAAAAAAUAUGGCUCGCUUUGCUUAAAACAAAUCUUUCAGAGAAACCAUCUGUUGUCCGCUUAUUGAAUAUGGUUUAUGAUGUUAUUCAUAACGAAUUUCCAACGGUUAAUAUUAGCUUGAAUAUACCUGAUCGAUGCGUUGAAUUGGCGAUAGCAAUUCUACCAUCAACUGUGCCUGCAAUACCCGAAUCAGAAAUCGCAGCCGGUUUAGCAAAGGAACAGGAACAAAAUGCCACCAAUCUCAAAUUGUAUUUUAACAUUUUACAUGAAAUUUUAGAGAUUACGCACAAUAACUCACUGCAUUGGCGUUAUGGUUUAAUGGCGACCGGUAUGAUUUACAAUUUGGUACAUAUCAAUGUAAAGUAUCCAGAUGAGAUUAUUAAUUAUGCGGCACAUAAUUUGAUAAAUGAAUCGAUUGAAGAGCGAAAGAUUGCGGUUAAAACAAUGCGAUUCAUUUUCAAGCAAAGAAAGCGUGAACAUGUCAAAAUCCCGAUGGAUCCAUUUGCGAUUGGUGGCGUGACAAGACCGAAAUCACAACGUGAACUGAAACCAGGAUGUCGUCCAGACAAUCGAUGGCUGCAAUACGAUCUGGAAACAUUACCAAAAAAUCAAAAAGAAUGGGAUGAACCGAAAUACGUGCAUAAGACAGAAGGUUUCUUUGGAUGGUCACCGAAUUUCACCGUCUAUGCUCCAUCAUCACAUCAACCAAAAUUGAAUCGUACCAGAGACGAACUGAGCUCAUCUGAACGCAUUAUUUAUGAUUUCUUUGCCAAAAAAUCCAACGUCGAUAAAUUGAUUGAAUUCUGGUCGUUGGAAGAGAAGAAAGGCAAAGAAAAGUUUAAUCGUUCACGAUCGUUCUUGUUGAAGGGCAUUUGCGAUAUGUUUGGAGAUGUUUUACUCGAUCCCAUUUUGGAACAUUUACAACGAUUGAUCGAAGACAAAAAUUCCGAAUCAAGCCAUCGCUGUGCAGCCGAAAUAAUGGCCGGUAUUAUGAGAGGAAUGAAGCACUGGACAUUCGAAAUGACUGUGAACCUAUACGAAAAACUAAAGCCAUUGAUUCGCUUGGCACUCGACAAUAUCACGGUGGAAACAGACAUAUUUUGGGGUACAUGCUUUGCAACUGCAGCCGAAAACUUCGAUCCACGACGUCAGUACUGGUUGCACGAAGUGUUAAUGGAAAAUCCAUUACGGGAAUCUACAAGCUUCAUUGACUGUAGCCGCAUUUAUUGUCUUCAGGGUCCAUUUAAUCAACAUGUUUGGAGAAUGAAUAGCGUGUGUCACCGUUUGUUGGAAUAUCUAAGACCAUAUUUGAAUCACAGUUUCCAAAAUGUAAGAGAACGUUUGGGCAGCAUUUUAAUAAAUAUUUUUGAAGCUGACUUGAAAUUCGUUGACGCACCCGAACCAGAGUGUCCACGUAUCAAAGAUAUCAUCGGCGAAGUUGUGCAAAAAAUUCAAAUUCUGCAGCUAGACGAUCCAAAAGAUACUGACAAUGAGUUGCCAAAUGACACUAAAAAAUUAGAAUACGAUCAGGCCGUUCGACUAUUCAAAACAAUAUGUCAAUGGAUUGUCGGUGUAUUGAAUCGAAACACGAAUGGAAAUAUAAUUGAGUACUUUGAUUUGCUGCCGUUUGCUUGCCGACUCGAACGAUAUGAACACGAUUUGGAAUUGGCUGAAACAUGUACCUCUUUGUUGGCAAUGUUGUCGCAAGGUUUGACCCUACAAGAUUGUAUGGGCUCGGCAUUGCAAAAGAUUGAAGAAGUGUCAUUGUCAAGCUCAUGGUCAUCACGUUUGGCUGUUAUCGAUGUGUUGCAGGUUCUUGUUUUCAAUAAUAUGCCAAUUGUGCUGAGCUGCGAAAAAUGGGUGCAACAAGUUCAAAUAAUUGUUUUGCGCUUACUUGAGGAUUCCGUUCUUGAAGUUCGUGUGAAAGCAGCUCAAGUGUUGGGCGGCCUACUACAUUGCUCAUUCUUGCCAUCGACUGAUCUUCUUUUGGAAUUAUUCAAACAAAAGUGUCGCACCAAAGUAGUGAAGAAUUCAACUCGCCGUCUCAAUUGCGGUAGCGAAGCGAUCGCAGCAACUGCGUCCACAUCCAAUUUGUCGAAUAAUGGCGAAACACAAGAAGCCGAAUCCGUUCGAACACGGCACAUGGGUGUACUCGGCUUAUGCGCAUUCAUAUCAGCCUAUCCCUACGAAAUACCUGACUUUGUUCCAGACGUAUUUGAACAUCUUGGCGCACAUUUGAAUGAUCCCCAACCUAUUCCAUCAACCAUUCGAAAAACUGUCGGUGAUUUCAAGCGCACACAUCAUGAUAAUUGGUCAACACAUCAGCUCAAAUUUACCGAGGAUCAAUUGGCUGUAUUAAGCGAUUUAACUAUUCCACCAUCGUACUAUGCUUAAGCUACUUCUAAGUUUUCCGAAAUUUAAACUUACGAAAUAAAUUUCAUUUUCGAAAGAAACACUUUUGAUUUGAACAGCAGAAAAAAGAGUUGAAUUUUCAAUUAUUAAUUGAGGAGACUCAAAUGGACAAUAAGUUAAACAUAUAAUGGCAAUUAAAAAAAAAAGAA